AUGCCACCAAAACGCCCCCGCCCCGCUCCCGCCAACUUCGCCGCCCUCCGCCACUACUCCCUCACGCCGCUCCCCGCCAGCACCACCACCACCACCACCACCCCCACCCCCUCCUCCACCUCCACUCCCACCCCCUCCGCCGCGCUCACCACCGAGAUCCAGUCCCUCCGCCGCCUCAUCAUGGACCAAGAACUCACCCUCUCAACACUGCGCCAGCAGCUCCCCUCCCCCACCCCCACCCCCACUCCCACCCCCACCACCACCACCUCCCCCGACCCCAAAACCAAGCUAAAAACCCUCAAAGCGCGCAAAAAAGCCCACGACACAUCAUUCGCCACAAUCGACCACCUCCCGCCCGCCGACUCGCCGCUCAACCUCCUCCUCGCCUACCGCUCCGUGCUGCUCGUGACGGCGCGCACGGCCGAGUCGCUGGUGGCCGUCAAGGCCGCCAUUGCGGCCGCCACUGCAACGCUGGACCGCGAGGUCGCGGAGCUGGCGCAGCAGCGGGCUAUUACGGGUGCACUUACCGCGCGGCUCGAGCGGGAGGAAGGGUUGGGGGGUGGUGAAGAGGGGGAGGGGGCAAGGGGGGUGGCGGAGAUGGUGAAGCGGCGGAAGGAGGUGGGGAGGCGGACGGCGGGGGUGUUGCGGGAGGCGAGGUGGUUCGUGGGGGGGGUGUUGGCGGGGAUGUUGCUUGCUGAGGAGCGCGGGGGAGGUGUUGUUGGCGAUGUGUUGGUGGAGGAGGGGGUGGAGGGGGGCGGGGGGGCGGGGAGGAGGAGGGGGGAGAGGAGGAUUGAUGAGAUGUGGGGGCAGGAGGGGGGGGAGGAGCCCGAGAAGAGGGUGGCGAGGGAGUUCAUGGAGGUGCUUGAGGCACUGAUGAACGCCGCCCUCGAGAACGACCCGUACAUCCCGAUGAAGAAGGACACCGCGAUCGUGCGCUUCCUGGUCAGGGCCAAGGUUGCGGCGUUCCAUCCCAAGGACGCCAGGAGACUGCGGUUGGUGGACUUUGGGAGCAGCGUGGAGGAUGGGUAG